AAGCUACCCAGUCAGGUUGAUUGUUAACGCUUGUUGCCGAUUUCUACAGUGAGAAGUAGCUACAAUACUUGUCCACCCACGUUCACUAUUCUUCUGAAGCGAUUGGCCUCUGAGGGGAAUGAGCAGCUUGGAGGGCAGCAGCAGCAGCGUGGUCGUUGUUCAGGCCCGGCGAUAGGGACAUGGGACUCUUUCUCAGAGCUUGCGGCAGGCUCAGCACAAGUGACAACCCGGCGGACAGCUUCGAAAGGGACCCAGGGUUCAGCCCUCGCACCAGCGGGACGUCACCUCGCCCACGGCCCAGCAGCACCAAGUUCCCAGCGUUUGGUGAAGCCUCCCAGUAAGCGUGUCUGAUGAGGAUGUCUGAUACUGUUACUGGAAAGGGCCAGACGGACACCAUGAGGGUGUCGGAGGCGGCGCACACGGACGCCACGCCCCAGGCGGGCGCCAGCACGUCUGAGAGGACGGAACCCAACGGGUCAGACGGAGACGAGAGCCACCGCGACAACAAGAGGGAGGCACAGUGUAUUCAUGUAACCUUUUCCUCCUGUGCUGGGGAGGAACACCUUUUCAAAUCUUCUUUCUGUAUUCUCCCUCUCUUCGGUCUGUUGUUUCCGCUGCUGCCCUCCCAGCAGCAGCAGCAGCAGCCCGCUCUGUCACCUGGGCAGGCCGGGAAGAGGUCAAAGUCCAAUACAAAGUUAAAGUUAGUGCGGAGCCUGGCUGUUUGUGAAGAGUCCUCUCCUCCUCCCGUUACCCAACUGCCUGCAGAACCUCAGGAUAGAAUUCAUAUUCAAAUCUCACAGUCGUUUAAAAAAGAGGAAGUGUCUUCCAAGGAUGAAGAAGAAAAGGAGAAGAGCUGCGACAAGAUGGAGAAGCCAGAGAAAAUGCCUCGGAAAAUGCUGUCAAGAGAUUCCAGUCAAGACUAUACAGACUCCACUGGCAUAGACCUCCAUGAGUUCCUUGUCAAUACAUUAAAGAACAACCCUAGAGACAGAAUGAUGCUGUUGAAGUUGGAACAGGACAUUCUGGAUUUUAUCAACAAUAACGAAAGCCAGAAGAGGAAGUUUCCUCCCAUGACAUCGUACCACAGAAUGCUCUUACACAGAGUCGCAGCAUACUUUGGGAUGGAUCACAAUGUGGAUCCAACAGGGAAAUCGGUCAUCAUUAACAAAACUAGCAAUACAAGAAUCCCGGAUCAGAAAUUCUCAGAACACAUUAAAGACGACAAGAGCGAGGACUUUCAGAAGCGCUACAUCCUGAAGAGAGACAGCUCCAGCUUUGAUCGGGAGGACAGCAUGAUACGAAUGCGCCUGAAAGACGACAGGAGAAGCAAAUCUAUUGAGGAGAGAGAGGAGGAGUACCAAAGAGCCAGAGAUAGGAUAUUUGCACAAGAUGGUGAUCAUUUUCAUCUAGACAGACGGAUGCAUGAAGAAGAGGCUUGCAUCAGCACGCAACAGAGGCGGCAGAUCUUCAGACUGAGGGAUGGUCGCUCUGGCAACAGCCGCCAGAGCAGCUCGGAGAACGAGCCCAAGUACUCGGACCCACGGCCCUGGAGCAGCACGGACUCUGACAGCUCCAACCGGAACCUGCGUCCGGCCAUGACCAAGGCCAGCAGCUUCAGCGGCAUCUCGGUCCUGAUCCGGGGGGACAGCACAGCCAGCAGCAAGAGCACCGGCACGGGGCGCCUCUCCAAGACAGGUUCAGAAUCUUCCGGUAGUGUAGGUUCCUCGACAAGCUCGCUCUCUCGUCCCCAACUGCCCCCGCCUACCCCAGCUCUAACCCAAGCCGGCCCUGGCGCUCCCGUCCCCUACCCCACCGCCGGCAGUACUUGCCCCGGGCAGUACGAAGGGGGCAGGGGGGCCCUGGCCCCGGCCCCGGCCCCGGCCGCUGCUAACGCUAGCUACUAUUUGCUUCCGCUGGAAGCCGCAGGGAUACCGCCUGGCAGUAUUCUGGUCAACCCACACACAGGCCAGCCCUUUGUGAACCCAGAUGGCAGCCCCGUGGUGUACAACCCCUCCAGCAGCAGCUCCCAGCAGGCCAGGACCCAGCAGCCCCCUCCUCCAGCCCCCGCUGCCCUCCACCCCCCAGCCAAUCACCUCCUCUCCCAGCCGCCCCGCUCCUUCCAGUCCUCGGCUCAGCCUCUCCAGUACUCAACCAUCUCUUACCCUCCUCCUCCUCCUCCUCAGUACCUGCCUGUCAACCCUAACCAACAAUACACUGUGCAACAGGACGGGCUGGGUGCUCAGUUCAGCCACAUGAGCCUGGUGCGUCAGGCGUCCGGCGAGGGCCCCGACCCCCACACCACCAUGUACCCCACCCAGGUGGUCCUCCAGGCACCCCAAAAGCAGAGCGGCUUCAUGUUGGGCCCCCCCGGCCAGGCCCAGGCCUACCCCACCCCUGGCCUUCCUGUGAGCCAGCCAGUCAUGCAGCAGCAGACCUAUAUCCAGCAGCCUGUUCAGCAGAUGACUACGUGUUACUGUGCCCCUGCUCAGUACUCACACUCCAACCAGCACUAUCGCCCUGUCACCCCGGUGCACUACAACAACCCCCAGAGCCAGCCUCAGCCCCUGCCCCCCACGCCGACAGGUAAUCACACACACAAGCACAGCCUCCACUUUCACUCGCCCAUAUGGUACCAGGCAUCCGUCCUCCCAUGCAUAUUCAUCGUGGACAAUAGUUUCUCUGUUUGGCCUCCUUCUUUCGUGUGCUUUGUUUGUCGACAAAGCGAGUGGUCACGGCAAGUGUGCUUCUCCGUCUCGUUCUCUCCUUCAGCUUAUCAGACCGUGAUGCCAAACCCUCCCCAGAGCUACCAGAGUGUCAUGGGGCUGCAACAAGCAGCCAAUCCCAAUCUAGUGGGAGGCCAGCAGCAGCACAGCAUUAUGGGAAACCAGAUGCAAGGCAUGAUGGUCCAGUAUCCUUCAAUGCCUUCUUAUCAGGUGUCCAUGCCCCAGGGAUCCCCCAGCAUGCCUCAGCAGGCCUACCCUCAGCAGGCCUACCCUCAGCAGGCCUACCCUCAGCAGGCCUACCCUCAGCCCAUGGUGCUCUCCAGCCACUCCAGCCAGGGCCCCGUGCCCAUGACCAGCAUGCAGGUCUACUACAGCAUGAUGCCACCCAGUCAGCCUGGCACCGUGAGUUCGACGGUGGGCUUCUUACCCCCUCCAGGGUCGGAGCAGAUGCAGUUUCCUCGGGCGUCGUCUCCGUGCGGAUCCAAGCAGCACCCAGGACAGCAGUGUUCAGGUAUGCACCCGCCCCCCCAUGGCAGCGGGAUGGUGAUGAUGCAACUGGCUCUCCCCCCCAACCACCAGCCGCGAGCCCACUCCCCCCCCCAGUGGAAACACAACAAAUACUACAGCCUGGACCACCAACGCAGCCAGAGGUCCAUGGAGAUCCUCCCCCCGGACAACUCCCAGAACAGCCCCGCCUCCUCCCCGGCCCCGCCCCCCACCUCGGCGCACCUCACCUCCAUGAAGAACCCCCGUGCCAGCAUGGCGCCCAUCCCCAUCAUGACGCACCACUUCCCCAGACAUUUCGGCCCCGGACAAGGUGAUGCCAGGUUCCCCCUUCUGGGUCAGCCCCUCCAGUACAACCCCUCCAUCCGCUCCCCUCUGCUGCACGGCACACACAUGUUCCCCGGACACCAGGGCACCAUGGGAGUCCGGCAUGGGGGCCGAGGGAGGAAGCCCACCAGGAAAUCUCUGUCUACAGAUCUCAGUGUAGGUGAACCAGUAAACGGUCGAGUCCUGGAGGUGACGGACCUGCCGGAGGGAAUGAGCCGCAACGAGGCACACUGCCUCCUGGGGGAGCUGAGCAAAGGAGGGGCCAUGAUCAGGUGGCUGUCUGAGGGCCAGCCGGGGCCUCGCUGUGGGCCGGCCGAGGAGGGCACCAACGGGGACAGGAACACUGAGAGCAGCGACCUGGCCUCCACCUACACCAUCCUGGCCACGUUCCCCUCCAGACACGCGGCACAGAGCGCCCUGCUGCGCCACGCCAGCCCCCUCACCACCUUCAAACUCCGAACUAGCAAGAAACACGAGGAGACCGCCGACGUGGAGAGGGCGAGCUCUCAGUAGCAGCGUGCCAAACGGGGGGGUGGGGAGGUGGAGGAAAGGGGGCUCUUGGGCCUAACCCCCCCCCUCCUCCUCCCCACCCCUCAACACCCCCUUCCUCUCUGGCCACUUGAUGCCCCCUUCCUGCUUCUACCAACAUCAUCCCAACCUCCGCUCUACCCCACCAACACCACCACCCCACUCUCACGACACUAGCGUUGGCGUCACAGGUUUUCACGGGUUCUAGAAGCUUUGAGAAUGUGUUGUUUUUUGUACCGACCCCUACUUUUGGAGAAUGAACAAAAAUAAACACCUGCCAGUACCAAUGUUUAAGAGAAAAAAACUAUACAAAAACAUUAAUCAAUACCAAAUUGGCUUGAGAACGUUAAUGGAUUUGGGGUUAGCAUGUUUCUAACUUUUGUUUUUGGUUUGAUUAUAAUUUUGCUAAAACUGCUCAUUCUGGAACACGCACUCUUUCGGGUAAGUACUCCUCACUACUGGUCGGAUCCGGCUUGGUUUCUGACUCAAUUUGUUACACAAAUGUUCCAUUUCAAUCAGCAAAGCACCAUUCAAUAAAAGUGUGUUUAGGUCUCAAGGUGGGAAGUGGUUCAGCCCUUCUCCUUCCACAAGUGUGCCGUGUAAACACCACAUCAGAGUCUCCUACUCGGUCAGCUACAGAAUGUUUUAGUCAUUGUUUUGUGUGCCUUCUCACAACUUGGGUUCCGCUGUCUCCAACAAGCCCAAAAACAUCCAAUGCCAAUUGUAAAUUGUGGACUACUCCCAAGGUAAAAUUCUAGUUGUACCAAGUUAAGUUAUUCAGUCACCAUUUUACACCUUGAAUGUUAUCUUUGCACUGGCACAAGGAGAAGGCGUUGGUUUGAUUGUGUUUUUGAUUUUUGAUUUGGUUUUAGGAUAAAAUACAGCAUAUCAUAACAGAAUUAUUAUGAUAAUUCAUCACAACAUUGUGACAAUUCUGUCCUUAGAACUACACACCGUUUUGUUGAAACACCCAAUUCCUAUGAUUUUGAAUUGAAAUGUUCAUUCAUCAUUAGGGUCCCUGGAAAGAUGUGUGCACGUUGAUUUACACAGCAAAGUCCACCCUCCCCCCUUAGAUUUAUUUAUGUGUGGAUUCAUGAGAGAUGUACAGUGUUGGCUGGUGCGAUUUGUUUUUAUUUCUGUUUGAAACCAAUAAAUGUUUACACCAAAUGUG